AUGGCCCAGGUCCAGAAAAAAAAGGCAGGUGGCAAGAAGGCGGCUCUGGUAGUAGAGAAGGAUGAAAAACCCAAACUUCAAACUGAGCAAGUCCAGAAAAUAGGAACGUAUCUGAAAACAAUUCCAGCUGCCAAGAAGAGGUUUACAAUGCUCCCAACAAAGAAAAAGUCUCCUACAAGUGCCGAACUGUUGCUAAUAGAUUCAAGAUACAGUGCUUCUCAGGAGGGGCCAUUCGGGUUGGGCCCUAUAGUUUUGCCUUUUUUACAGCGUUUCAACAACAUUGAUUACUUUAUGAUUUUGUAUGUUGCAGUGGUCUUAACUUAUGGUGCUUCAUUCGCUCUUGUUGAUAUGACUUUAAACAUAUAUCGGGCUCAUUUUUUUCUGUCGAAGAUGGAGUCAUAUUUUAUGGACUACAGUGAUUAUCUUGUGUCUUUCAUAGUAGCAAUAUUUAUAGCCCAUUUUGGAAGUAAAGGGAACAGGCCAAAAUGGGUGGCAGCUUCCUGCAUUUUAAUGGGACUUGGAUCAAUUGUAUUUGCUUUUCCUUUCUCUAAAUAUGAAAUUAUUAGAUCGGGAAGACAAAUGACAGAGUUGUGCAUAGAAGAAAAUAAAAAGAGAAAUAUAAGUUGUGACACAAACUCAAUUCCAGACAGAUCAAAAUGUAUCUAUUUCCACAUCAUCGGGCAGUGUAUCCAUGGAAUAGCAGGGAUGCCAAUUCAUAUCCUUGGCAUGACCUUCAUUUUUGACCAUGUUCCUACAAAUUCAGCUGGCUUCUAUUUAGCUCUUGGACAUUCUGCACAUCUGGUGGGAUACCUUCUGGGUGCUAUAGGAGGAUUGCCUAAUCUUAAGCCUCCCCCCAAAGAAAAAAUAAAUGAAAUUGGACCUGAUAAGUUGAAUCAACUGUUGCAGAGCAGGUGGUGCAAAAGUUUUUUGUUUGUUACUGUAGUCUCAUUUGGUCUAUCAUUAAUGAUCGCAUGUUUUCCAACUAGUUUACCAGGUGCACAUAAAUUAAGACUUGCGAAAAGAAAGGAACCUCCCACCGUUGACAGGAGACUUAAAGAUAAGGAAAUUGAACCACAUUUAAAGGGUUUUCUUCAUGGUGUUUGGUAUAUGUUGAGGAACCCACUGCUGCUGACCCAAGCAAUCUGCAAAACCUCAGUGAAUUUGAGUUUCAGUGCAUCUUUAUACUUUUUGCCCCACCAUUUACAAACUCAGUUUUUAAUAACGCCUGGAAUUGCUUCUCUCCUCACAGGACUAUUUGUAUUUCCAGGAGGUGUAAUUGGCCAUUUUCUUGGCGGUUUAAUUUUUGACAGAUUGGAAAUGACUAAUAAGAACAAGUUGAAAUUUGUAUUAGUGACAAGUGUUAUAUCAGUUGUGCUUUUCCUAUUAAUCCUUUUUGUAGAGUGUGAAGCAACGAAAUUUGCUGGAAUCAAUGAAGAUUAUGAUGGCUAUGGUAGACUUGGAGACCUCACAGCUGACUGCAAUGAGCAUUGUGAUUGCACAACUUCCGUCUAUAGUUCCAUAUGUGGAAGAGAUGAAAAAGAAUAUUUCUCUCCCUGCUUUGCAGGCUGCAGAACUACUAAAGUAUACCAAAAUCAAAAGACAUACUACAAUUGUUCUUGCAUUAGAGAAGGAUUGACAACUUCAGAUGACGAAGGUCAAUACAUUGAUGCUGUUGACGGAACCUGUAAUAGCAACUGUCUUACAUUACCUUUGUUUUUUGCCUUUUACUUUUCUGCAACUGUGUUUUCUAAUAUGAGUACUAUACCUGUCAUGUCGAUUAUUCUCCAAAGUGUACCUGCCAACUUCAAUUCACUUGGCCUGGGUGUGACCUAUGGAAUUUUGAGAUUUACUGCAUCCAUCCCUGAACCACUCUUGUUUUCACUGUCAACGGAUAUAGCUUGUAUAUACUGGGACAUUAAUAGAUGUGGAGACAGAGGACGUUGUUGGAUCUAUAAUAAGAAAAUACUGAUCUAUGUAUUUAUGGGAAUAUGGAUUACUUUCCAAUUAAUUCCAGGCUUGGUGAACAUUUAUGCAAUUCAGGUGCAUGAUUUUGUGGUAAAUAGAGAAAUCACUGAGAGCAAAGCUACACCUAAAAAGAUUUUAAAGCAGAAGAAAGAAAAGCUUAAUUUCUAA